AUGAGCCUCCUGGAUGAUAUGGUUACUUGGGGGAAGAAGAACGCUGAUCCUUUUAAUCGUCUUAGCUGUUGCAUUGAACCAGUCCUUUUGGUUGUUGAAUUUUGCCAGGUCCAAGGACCGCGUCCCUUACAUUGUGUGCCGGAAUCCCCCGGCUCGCACCUUGACUUGGACAGUGUUGCCAUAUGGCUUAUGAGCUCGGAGACCGUUCAUGGAUCUACGCUAAUCCUCUACAACCAGCAAAUGGCGUUGUAUGCUUGUGUUCACUAUUCUUCAUUCUUAGAUAUACAUGCUAGAGCAUUUCAACGUCCUGUAUCUCUGGCACUCUUGACUGCUACUAAACCUACUGCACUUGUGCUAAAAUUAUUUAUGGACAUAUCUCGACAGCUUUUUUCCCCGCUGCUGUCUUGUAACAGGCAGUUGUUCAGGAAUCAUUUGUCUCAGCUAAUCGAUUUAUCGGAUUCAAUUCAGAAGCAGAAUGUUACCCAGUAUUAUGCUUUAUGUCCAAAUUUAACUUUAUCUCCGACUCGUCUUUCAAAAAUUGAGUGUCUCGCUGCGCAGGCUCGUCGUCUCUUGCCUCGCUUUCAAGCAGCCUAUCGGAAUCUUUCGAUGUCUGCAAGAUUAUCGCGUUGUUCUUUACACUCAGCAUCAGAUGCUACAGAUUGCAUGAGUUCGUUAGGAACACUACACAAUACGUCACUUUCCCCACUUAGUUCAAUAGCACCAUGUGCAUACAGUGACUUCGUUAGAUCACUUAAGCCAUCCCGGGAACUUUUCAUGAAGCUUAAAGAGCACGAUGAACGGGGAAACUUAUUUUGCACCAACAGACCAAUUCUCAGGUUGUCAAGUUUUGGUAGCUACAAAUCUGCCGAUGACGAUGGCUUACUAAGGUUGGAGAUAUUAUCUGACGACUUUUGCGAUAAAGAGCGAAGUCUGAGCUUGAUCAUAGCGAAUCUGUCUCAUAUUUUAAGCACCAUAUUUGCUGGCGAACGUCUGGCUAUAUGUGCGUCUGAGCAGAGGAUGCCUACUGGUCAAGACUUAUUGAGAAAGCUAACCUUGCUCUGCGUUGAAUUACAGCCAACCAAACUUUUUUGGAAUUUAGAUAGCAAUUGUGUUCCUCGCGAUUGCCAAAUAUUUGGGCAAACAUCUGCAUUUGACAUCCCUAGCAGAUGUUUGACUGAGUAUGAGGGAGCUGUUAUUGAUCUCAAUACGCAAAGACUGAAGGCGAAAGAAUACAUUGUCACAGGUUUAAAGAAUCUUUUUUUUGUAGGAAAAGCUUUUUCUUCACUGGCCAAAAAACGACCGACCAUGUUUCCAUCUGAUCGAAGUCUUAUUGCCCAUAUAGUUUCAUUAUUAACAGAUUUUUGUGCCAUAGUUUAUUUGUCGAAACAUAAAGGCCCUCAAAAGGUUGCAAAUGUUCUUUCAUUAGGAAAUGGAGAUAUUAGAAUGCUUGUAAAUUUGUUGUCUGAAAUUGAUCUAAUUAAAUAUGGACGUUUAAAAGACAGUCUCAGUAAUAACAGUGCUGAAAUGAAAUCUCUUAAACUGUAA